GAAGAACCAAGUCCCCGCCGCAUCGAGCGGCUUGCUGCUUCUGGGUUGCUAGGUCCAUGCACGCCACGACAACCUGAACCGCACCGCAGGAACACCAGCCCGGUGACGGCGUGGCCAUGGCUGGCAAACCCAGCGCACAGGCCCCUAUCCGGGACAAAGCCUUCCUGACGUCGGUGUUCGAGUCGAUGGACCGCGACCGCACGGGCUUCAUCAACGUGUCCGAGUUGCAGCGGGCGCUCGCGAGCGGCACCUGGAAGCCGUUCUCCGAGGAGCUCGUGCUGCUCAUGGUCAAAAUUUUCGACCGCGAGUUCAGCAACAAGAUUAACUUCGACCAGUUCUGCACCCUCUGGUCUUACAUCACAGAGUGGGUCAAUGGCUUCAAGAAGGUUGAUCGCGCCAACUGUGGCCGCCUGGACAAGGCGGAUCUGCAGACGGUCUUCGGCAACCUGGGCCACCAGGUUUCGCUCGGGCUGUGCCACAUGAUGAUUCGUCGCUUCGAUCAGCAAGGCGACAACAAGAUCAUGUUGGAAGAUUUCGUUCGCAUGUGCGUCAUCAUGCACAACGCCACGGAGGAGUUCAAGAAUUUCGACCCGAACAAGACGGGAACGGCCAAGGUCACCUUAGACGAUUUCCAUUGUACAACCUUUCAGAUGUGCAAGUGA